AUGGAUUUUGAGGAAUAUAAUACUAGCACUUCUGAAGAAAGAAAUGAAAAUGAUAUUAAUCAAAUUGCUCUUGCAAGUACUCGAACCCUAUUAAAUAGUGAUGAAAAUGACAAUGUAGAUUGGAGUGAGACUUCUGUACAAAGUCUGACCCUAACACCAUGUUUAGUUAUGAAUGCUAUUCAAGGUGAAAUAAAAUGUUAUAAUGGUAUAACAAAUCUUCGACGAUUGGAACAAAUGAUAGGAACAUGGGAGAUAGAUAUAGAUGUAGUUGAAAAUAUUAAGAGUGAUCUUUAUCAGCUUGAAUUCUGUAUUUCUGUAAUAAAAAAAUCAGAUAAAGGCCAAAAAUAUAUAUCAUGUAUCGAAUAUGAAAAACAUUGUGAUGAUACAGUGAUAGAAAAAAAUCUAUUGAAAAUGGAAGCAUCAAAGCUUUUAAGCAAGUUAUUCAUUAGAACAGCAUUGAAAUUGGGAAAAGUUGAACUAAAUAAGUUAAUAAAUGAAAGGACUCACAUAGUAAUUUUAGAAAAAGCUUUGAAAAUGAAAGAUAAAUUAGGAAUAGAGGUGUUAUUAUCUUCUGAAACUGAUCAUCUAAGAAAGAUACGUCAUAUUACUACAAAUGCAGAAAAAGCUAUACUUAUUAAAUUAUUUGAAUUUGAAAAAGAAUUACCUGAAAUCGCAAACUCAAAAGUGUUAUCUAAAAUUCAAACUGUUUCAUCAAACUGGACAGCCGAAAGAGUUAAAUAA